CCCCCUGCCCCUCUACCCCGAGCCCUGUCUGCGGAGGCUCGCCUUCCUCCCCGCCUGGAGUUCGGGGCUGCUGCCGCGGGAGCGUUCCGCAUCGCUUCGGGGACGUAUUGGCGGUUGAUUCCUGAAGCUAUCGACAGCGCCUGACGCUUCCGGGCUCCGGUGGGCAAGUGCCUGCAGGUUUCCUCCAGCCAGAGUGGGCGGAGAGCCGAGGCAGAGGAAGUUUUAGGUCUUCGGACAAGUGGGCCGGAUCGGGUGAGACGCGCCCGUCUUUCGCCAUCUGGGACGCGCGCGGCCCACUCGAGACCCCGCGGGCGACCCGUACCUCGGGCACGCGCCUGUCUCAGCCCGCAGGAAGGAAGGGUCCGGCCUGAGGUCCGGGGCGGCGGCCACCAUGGAGAUCCCCUCGGCCCAGCGCCGGGGCCUGGGGCCUUGGGGGUGGCCCUGACCGCCCUCCUCCCUGUCCGGGCUGGGUCGCGGACGUGCCCCCGUGGCACUCGGCCACCUCUGCGUCUCCGCCCUCUCCGGGCCGCGCUGCUGCCUGGGCGCGGCGGCGGCGACGGCUCCCCGUUGAAUGGGCAGUGAGGGCCCAGGUUUGAAGUGCUGGAGAACGCGGCCUUCGGGGGCGCAAAGCAGCAGCAGCGGUGGCGACCAAACGGGUGUUGGAGUUGGCGGCAGCCAUGGAGGGCCUGGCUGGCUAUGUGUACAAGGCGGCCAGCGAGGGCAAGGUGCUGACUCUGGCCGCCUUGCUUCUCAACCGGUCUGAAAGCGACAUCCGCUAUCUGCUUGGCUAUGUCAGCCAGCAGGGAGGGCAGCGCUCCACGCCCCUCAUCAUCGCUGCCCGCAAUGGGCACGCCAAGGUGGUACGCUUGCUGUUAGAACAUUACCGGGUGCAGACUCAGCAGACAGGCACCGUCCGCUUCGACGGGUAUGUCAUUGAUGGUGCUACCGCUCUUUGGUGUGCAGCAGGAGCAGGACAUUUUGAAGUUGUUAAACUUCUAGUCAGUCAUGGAGCCAACGUGAACCAUACCACAGUUACUAACUCCACCCCUCUGCGGGCAGCAUGCUUUGAUGGCAGACUGGACAUUGUUAAAUACUUGGUUGAAAAUAAUGCCAACAUCAGCAUUGCCAACAAGUAUGACAACACUUGCCUAAUGAUUGCAGCAUAUAAGGGACACACUGAUGUAGUCAGAUACCUUUUAGAACAACGUGCUGAUCCCAAUGCUAAAGCACAUUGUGGAGCUACAGCAUUACACUUUGCAGCUGAAGCUGGGCACAUAGAUAUUGUGAAAGAGUUGAUAAAAUGGCGAGCUGCUAUAGUAGUGAAUGGGCAUGGGAUGACGCCAUUAAAAGUAGCUGCUGAAAGUUGUAAAGCUGAUGUUGUUGAACUUUUGCUCUCUCAUGCUGAUUGUGACCGAAGAAGUCGGAUUGAAGCUUUGGAACUCUUGGGGGCCUCCUUUGCAAAUGACCGUGAGAACUAUGACAUCAUGAAGACAUACCACUAUUUAUAUUUAGCCAUGUUAGAGAGGUUUCAAGAUGGUGACAACAUUCUUGAAAAAGAGGUUCUACCACCAAUCCAUGCCUAUGGGAAUAGAACUGAAUGUAGAAAUCCUCAGGAACUGGAAUCUAUUCGGCAAGACAGAGAUGCUCUUCACAUGGAAGGCCUUAUAGUUCGGGAACGGAUUUUAGGUGCUGACAAUAUUGAUGUUUCCCAUCCCAUCAUUUACCGGGGAGCUGUUUAUGCAGAUAACAUGGAAUUUGAGCAGUGUAUCAAGUUGUGGCUUCAUGCACUACACCUCAGGCAGAAAGGCAACAGGAAUACCCAUAAGGAUCUUCUUAGAUUUGCUCAAGUUUUCUCACAGAUGAUACAUUUAAAUGAAACUGUGAAGGCUCCAGAUAUAGAGUGUGUUUUGAGAUGCAGUGUUUUGGAAAUAGAACAAAGUAUGAACAGAGUAAAAAAUAUUCCAGAUGCUGAUGUCCACAAUGCCAUGGACAAUUAUGAAUGUAAUCUCUAUACCUUUCUGUAUUUAGUAUGCAUCUCUACCAAAACACAGUGCAGCGAAGAAGAUCAGUGCAAGAUUAACAAGCAGAUCUACAACCUGAUUCACCUUGAUCCCAGAACUCGUGAAGGUUUCACCUUACUGCAUCUAGCAGUCAACUCGAAUACGCCAGUCGAUGAUUUCCACACCAAUGACGUCUGCAGCUUUCCAAACGCACUUGUCACAAAGCUCCUGCUGGACUGUGGUGCUGAGGUGAAUGCUGUGGACAACGAAGGAAACAGUGCCCUUCAUAUUAUCGUUCAGUACAACAGGCCCAUCAGUGAUUUUUUGACCUUGCACUCAAUUAUCAUUAGCCUAGUUGAAGCUGGCGCUCACACUGACAUGACAAAUAAGCAGAAUAAGACUCCGCUAGACAAAAGUACAACUGGGGUAUCUGAAAUACUACUUAAAACUCAGAUGAAGAUGAGUCUCAAGUGCCUGGCUGCCCGAGCAGUUCGGGCUAAUGACAUUAACUACCAAGACCAGAUCCCCAGAACUCUGGAAGAGUUUGUUGGAUUUCAUUAAGUGACUGGAUAUGUAAAAUCGUUUAAUGUGGUGCUAAAAAGUAAAGGACUUUAAUCACAGACAAUAGAAUUAUGUGUUCAUAAAUUCUACUUUUCUUUCCACUGUCCUUCCAGUCUAUCCUUCCUUAGUUCUAUAUUUGGUCUUCUUGCCUCAAAUGGGAAUUGAUUUCAGAUACACCUUAAGCAAAGCCACUUUGUUUAGGUGUGUCUAUGACUUAAGGUGUUUGGAUAUUGGCCACUUACAACUAUUUGGUUUUUUUCUUCCUUUUUUUUUUUUUUUAAGGAAUGAAUAUAUUUUAUGUGUCAAGGGGACAUUUAUGAUUUGAAGUUGAUAAUGUUUUGAAAAGCUACCUACAAAAGUAUUUCUGUGAAAAGCCUUUGUUGGUUUGUUAUCUGUGCAGCAGUUCUGAGGAUUUAAUGAGGAAAAAACUAAAAAGGAACAUUAAAAGUAAUGGGCUACACAGCUGUUCUUCACAGGCCAAACUGCUGUAGAUAAUUUUCACUCUUCCAUUAUUUAUGUAGAAUGAAACAUAACAUCAUAACAUUAAGAGGAUUUCAAAAAUAUAUAGUUGCAGAUUAAUCAGAAAAAAAUGUGCUAACUUAGUUACAAAUUUAUAAAGUUAUAUAAAUCCAUUGAAGUUGUUUCAUUACAUUUGGAGGUAUUUACAAAGUAGUAGCAAUCUUAAACCAGUAGUUUUUAAGAUUACUGAUGGACUUUUCACUUUCAGACUUGAAUUCCAAAGUUCUUUAAGGUCUUUGUUUUAAUGUAAUUUAUCUAAAUUGUGGCAGUCUGCAUUUGAAUCAGCUCCCAGACAUUAUGAAUGCAGUGUUUUCUUAUGAAACAAAUUGUCACAAUAUAGUUAUCUAUUCUGUUUUUUGCCCCAUGUUUCUUUCCUCCUGUGUGGCAUCUUUUAAAAAUUGGAAGCUGCUUUUCAAGAGGGCAUUUUAGGUGCCUACCUAUUUUUAAUUUUUUCACAUUUCUUUACUUAGUUUGUUACAAGAAGUAAAAAAAUCACUAGUGUGGUAUAGAGAAAUUAAAUGUUUUUGAUGAUGAAAAGAACUCAUAAUGCCACUUUGAAAAGUGUUUGAGAGCUGCAAAUUUUUCAACCACAAAACAUUACUUAUGCUAUACAGAGGCCUUUAUGGAUUUUUUGUUUUGUUUUAACUGCAACACUUUAACUGGCAGACUAAAAGUAUUCUGUGAUUAUUUUUAAGCAUCACAGAAAUUCAAGUAAACACCUAUUUUUAAUGAUGUUAAAAAUGAAAAAGUAAAAUUAGCUUUAUCUGUAUUUUUCUCUCUAGUGCCAAAUGAAUGCCUUAGCUACUCAUAGUGCAUGGUUCUAUAAAUAAAGACCUGCAGCUUUUUUUUUCUUUAAUAACAAGCAUUAUAAUGAUGUUACAACAUCAGAUAUAAACAAACUUAAAAAAAAAAGCCUAUAAGGUUUCAAUUAACCUUUUGUGUGUGGAUAUUAUUUUGUGAAGGUUGCAGUUGGAUCAGUAUAAAACAAUGACCAAGCCAAAAUUAGCACCUAGGGCCUUAAAUAAAAUGAGAUACCCCACAAAAUGAAAUGCUCUGAACGGUGGGACGGGAGGAAGGGGGGGUGCUUUAAAGACUUUCACCCCCAAGAAAACAAGAUACUUUUACAGUUGCUGUAGUUACACUUCAAGUGUCUUCCUAUUUCAGUUAGAAAUGUUCUGAUGAUAAAUUCUGCCAUGGUAAUAGAUUUUUGUUUUCCUAACCUGAGAUUUAACAAGGAAAGUUUUUAGAAUGUAUUAGGGAAGUAUUUGAAUGAACUUGCAUUUGAAAGUACUGGCCUUGAUUCUCCUGGCGCGAAUCAAGGAAAUACUUUACCUUGCUCUUGGCAGCUCUGGUGGCCUGAAAACGAAAAAGCACUUCCUCAAGGUGAGUGAAUCAUGUCUUUUCCAUGGCUCAGGUCAACCCCUUUAUUUUUUCAGACUUCAAGGCCCGCUUAUUUGACAUUUUGAGGAAUAGCUAUGACACUUGGUAUUCAGUUGGUGCCAUUAUUAAUGUAUAUGAUUUUUAGACACCGAAACUUAAACGAUCAGAUAAUGUUGCAUGCUUUAAAAACAUAUUUUGUCCCUUUGGCUACCCAGAAUCAGCACUAUUUUAGAUAUUACUUAUUUAUAAAAUGAGGAUAAUGCUUAUAUGUGCAUACUGAGACCCUGAAAUUUCAUGACAGCUUUUUUAAGAAAGGAGGAUUGAAUGCUGGAGAAAGGAAAACUGCUGGUUGAAUUGCUGGCAAAGUUGAAGAAAAAUUUGAAGACAAUGGAAUAAACUAUGAACUGUGCUAAUGGUAACUGAGGAUUUUUUUUUUUUUUAUUAUAAUGUAGUAGUACAUUUUGCACUGUCUUGUAAAAUAAAUCCCAAUAUGUACUGUGAAACACCUGUAUAAACCAUUCUUGAAACAAGUAACCUACAUGCCUAUUUUUUGUAAACAUUUGUUUAUAGUAGAAUUAUUUUAAAAUAUGUUUAAUCAAAUCCUUCCCAAACUUGUUUCUUUUUUUUUUUUUUUAAGGAAAAGAAAUAGGUACGAAAGGUGAUAGUUCUGCAUUUCAGCUUUCUGAGAAAUGUAGGUUUUUCUCCAUUUUCCAGUCACUUUUGUCAUUUUAUAUUUAUUAUUGGUGGAAGUAUUGCUUGUAUUGUAAUUCUUUCUUGAUAGCAUUACAAUUCAAUCAAAACUUCUUAGUCCUGCUCAGUAAUUGACAUAUAAAUUUGGAUGAACUAGAGGCUCAGUGGAUGCUUUCAUUUGCAAACCAUGUGAAAUUUAGUUGGGCUUUGCCCUUUUAAUACAGCUGGUGAGAUUGAAUUCUUGAGUUUAGGUAACUAUUUAACUCAAGGCAUGGGCCUCAAAUUCAUCCUCUCAGUUGAUAAGGGGAAAAUUUUUACAUAAGAACACUGGCAUUGACCAGUUUCUUUCCGUUCACCCUGGAUUGGUCUAGUAGGCUACAGUCCAACUACAUUAAGGUUCUUUGCCAUAGGAACAUGAAACACAAAACCCCAAAAGCAGAUGAUCUGCAGGCUUUGGUCUUGCUUGUUUCUGGGAAGGAUUUAUUUCAUUAUACUAAUAGAUGAUUAAUAACUGGAAAUCAUGAGAAAGUUAGACAGGUAUGACAGUAGUAUUUGAAGUAAAAUAUGUUGGGGGAGAGGGGUGCAGCAGCUCCCUAAGUAUUAACUCUGUAUUUGGCAAGUGUCUUUAAAAAUUAAAUCCCAAGGGGACAAUACCCUGUCACCAGUUUCCACCAUAGUUGAGGCAGCUACUUAUGAGUAAGACCACUUUGGAUUAUUCAAGCAGAAGCAUUUCUUUUUUUGGAAUGGGGUGGGGUAAGGAAUUAGUUGCUAGAUUUUAGAUCACAGUUCACUGGUUUAGAAGCAGCUAGUGGUUGAACUAGUGAAUAGAUGGAUAGAACUAUAAACAACUUGUUUUUAUGAUAGAUUUUCUGUAAAAAUCUUAAAUGUUCCUUUUCAGGCUAGCCACCUGUGUCAAUAUACAGAUGAUUGUUCUGUUUUCCUCAACCAAGGCACUGAUUAUACUGUAACACUAAAAUGGAUUAAAGAAAGCAAAACUCU